AUGCCUGUCAUUCCGGACGACGAGGAGAGAUUGUGCGGAGCUUCAGAUCCUGAGAGCAACAGUAAAAUCGAAUCCGAUUCCGUUCCGUCUACGCCGUCUCACGCCGCUCGUGCGUGGCAAUUCGCCAACACUGGAGUACACACAUUCCUGCUGACGGCAGCAAUUGGACUUAUCCUGAUCGCCGUCUAUCAGGCGAUCCCACCGCGCUUCGACUUCCUCUCGCUCGUCCAACCAGAGCAAAAAGUCGUCGUUGCCGCUCCCACGCACCCCGCACUGGCAUCGCCGGCGGCGACGGGCAUUCAAGGACCCCGUCGGGAUGAAAUUACGCCCAAUCACGCCUUCCGCCGAGGGGUUCCGGGUCCGCCGAAGGACCAGAAGCCAGGGGGUCGCGCAUUCGCCGGUGUCCCAGAAUCCCAGGGAGCAGCACGGCAAGCCAAGGUGACGACUCUGGAGUCAAAGUCAACUCGGAACCAGGCUCCAGACCAGGAUCGUCUAGAGUUUACCUUUCCAAACGAAAUUCUUGGUUCCACGCUGCUGAAGCGAGAAGCCGUUAGAGCCUUCCGCUCGCGGCUCCGUUGCCUGACGACGAGAGGCCGCUGGCGGUACGACGCGACUCCACGUGUCCUUCCGUGGGCGCUGCCGACACAGUGGGACGGCGGGCGCCAGUGCGACGAGGGACACGUGGCGCAGGGCGGGGGGAGGGUGGCGUUUGAGGAGGCAGACGGAAUCGCUCUGGCGGACGGCAUAGCGGUGGCGGGCGGAAUAACAGCAGGGGACGGAACCACAGCAGGUUCGAAACGACGGGCGGAAGAGAAAAGCGGGACGAGGAUUACUCAAGCCCAGGCGGCCGGAAAUGGGGAUCCGGGGCAGUGGAGGGUGCGGGAGAGUCUGAAAUACCGAUGGAACGUUAGCAGCAAGUGUGGGCCAUGGCGGGAGUUUGAUAGCAGGGAGCUGGUUAGGAAGCUGGCGGGGCGACGACUGCUUAUCGUGGGCGACUCGCUCAGUGGCAUGCUCUUUGCUGCCCUGCGCAACUCACUGUUCAUGGGGUUCAACCGCACGUCCAGCCAGAAACGACAAAACCUGCCGCCCAACUGCGCUCCUACAGACAGCCUGCCUGCGUUCUGCAGGCAGUGGGGGAGGGAGAUAGCGACACGCGCGCACCACGCGCUGUGCGUGGAAGACACGUGCGCGGAUGCCAGCGUGGCGUUCGUGAGGAGUGACGCCCUGGACCCCUCUCCGAACCUCACCCUGGCUUGGCCGAAGCUGAUUGGCUUUCCGUGGCUGCAUGUGCUGAACGGGACCAGCAGUGGGGGGGAGCAGGAUGGGGGAAAUGGUGGAGAGGGUGAAGGCGCUUCUACGGAAAAACGAGUUGCUGCGAUUGUACUGAAUCGCGGGGCCCACUAUACAGAGGACGAGCAGUUGGUAUCAGAGCUCUACGCCACCCUCUCUGCCAUCCGCACGGUCGCCCCCAACGUCCUCCUCAUCUACCGCAACACGCCCCCUGGCCACGCACACUGCAAGCGCCACUCCAAGCCGCUCCGAUACAGACAAGACGCCGCCCAGCUGCCGUACCACUGGGGGGAUUUUGGGCGGCAGAACGAGCUGGCGAGGCGGGUGGUAGAGCGGUAUGGAGGUGUGUAUUGGGAUGUGGAUACAGCCACGGGGUUGAGACCGGACGGGCAUGUGAUGCUCAAGGAUGGGAGGGCGGACUGCUUGCACUACUGCCUGCCAGGCCCAGCUGAUACAUGGGUGCGCAUGCUGUUCAACAUGCUCAUGGACCUUCUGUGA